UUUCGAGCCGGCUCGUGCAACGAUUUGUUUUGAACGAAGACAAAGCAGCGCCAAAAAAGCGAGAGCGAGAGAGACAGAGAUACGGGAGAAAGAGGAGCUGGCUGGAGUUGCCUACUUAUCGACGGUCAGCGUAAAUUGUAAACGUGAAAAUCGAAACCGCGGCCACCCUGUGUCUAUAACCUAGGACGGUUCUGUGGUGUGCUGGAUUUGUUUUAUCAAGUUGAGCUUUCAGAAUGAGCAGUUCCGAGGAAGUAUCUUGGAUUUCUUGGUUUGUUGGGUUGAGAGGAAAUGAAUUUUUCUGUGAGGUGGAUGAAGAUUACAUCCAAGACAAAUUCAAUCUCACUGGUCUAAACGAGCAAGUGCCUCACUACCGACAAGCCCAUGACAUGAUCUUAGAUUUAGAGCCAGAUGAUGAGAUAGAUGACAACCCAAACCAGUCUGAUUUGAUAGAGCAGGCUGCUGAAAUGCUUUAUGGCCUUAUUCAUGCUCGUUAUAUCCUUACUAACCGAGGGAUAGCCCAGAUGAUUGAGAAGUAUCAGAAUGGAGAUUUCGGGCACUGUCCUCGGGUCUACUGUGAACUUCAGCCCAUGCUUCCUAUUGGAUUAUCAGAUGUACCUGGUGAAGCCAUGGUGAAAGCUUACUGCCCCAAAUGUAGAGAUGUCUACACGCCUAAAUCAUCUCGUCACCACCACACGGACGGUGCAUAUUUUGGUACUGGAUUCCCCCACAUGCUUUUCAUGGUUCAUCCAGAGUACAGGCCGAAGAAACCUGUAAACUCCUUUGUUGCAAGGCUCUAUGGAUUUAAGAUUCAUCAUUCGGCUUAUGAGAUGCAAUAUGCUGCUGCUGCAAACUUCAAAGCCCCAAACCGUGCCAUUAAAACAAAUAUGAGAUAAGACUCCAUAAUUAUGGAAGUCAUACCUGCUUCUCUACCGCUCUGGUACUAAGCUCGAAAUAUGCUUAUGUGACAUACCUCAACAUUCUUGUGAUGUGUAUCUUUGUAAAAUCUAAGUAAGAAUGCAGUUUUACUAUUUUAUUUUUUCCAAAUUUGAGUUGAAAUAACUUGUUUAGACAACUUCUCAAAUCUUCAAUGUCUUUACAUUUUUGUUAUGUUCUACAAUAAAGUACUUUAUCUCUGCAA